AAAAUCAAAUAUGAUCAAUCUACAUCAACAUAUGACACAUUUAUGGUAGGCCUAUAUAAAAUUAAAAGACAUAGUUAUCCAGUGAUCUCCUCAAAUGACAACAUAUUUCAUCACGACGGAAACAUCAUACCCCUUCGAGAAGAUUGCCGCUACCCUUCGAAAUUCACAGUUAUCCAGUAUCCAAAACUGUACCGGGUCACUAGGGCUUUUUUUAACAGGGAAGUGGAGCAAAUUGUACACAGUUUCUUUGAAUUAUGUAAAAAUUGACCAGGGGCUUGAACCCUGCACCUCUUGAUCUUCAUUAUAUGAAUUUCUCACCACAUUUUGCAAGGCUAGGGAUUGCUUGUAGUAUAUAGUACACACUGCUCUAAAUUGUACAGUGCAUCCAAGGAUAUUGUUUGAACAACAAAGAAUGACAUUUACAUCUAAAAAGAGGCAGCGUGUUGGCAGCAGCAGUCGGCUGUCAUCAUUCAGUGAAGAGAAAUUGAAUAUUCUGAAAAAUGAAGAAAAUGAAAGGCAUUUUCAUUCUUAUAAGAUUGGAGGAUUCAAUGAUGCUACCAGUGCAGAUGUUGUUUUAACUCUACAGCGAAUUUCAACGUCAUUUGAUAAGGAUCAGGAAGAAAAUGUGGAGGUUGAGCAACCUGCUGUUGUUUACUUGCAUUCUAAUGUUUUAAAAAAAUGUAGUUAUUUUGCUGCUCUCUUAUCUGAGAGGUGGCAGACAUCUGUAGAUAAUAAAAUGGAGAAGCCGAUACAAAUUAACUUGAGUGUGCCUAUUUCAAGAACAAUGGAGACGUAUUAUAUUCUCUUGCAGCUGUUUUAUUCGAAUGAUUUUUCUGGAAUAAUCAAGGAUGUUCCAAGUGCAACAGCUCUUCUACCUAUCGCGUCAGAGCUGUUGUAUGAUGAAUGCAUACGUUAUUGUGUCCAGUUCUUGGAGGCUGUGCCAUGGACUGAAGAAGAAGAAAGGGACGUUGUGAAAUUGGUCCCUUUCCUACAACAAGGAGAAGCUGCAGAGCUCCUUGCAAGAAUCUCUCCUGUGAAAGGCAGUGCAUUGGAGGAUAUGCUGAAUGGUUUGAUAUAUACUGCAACCCAUAGUCAUUUAAAUGGUGCAACAGUUAAGGCAUUUGUGGCUAAGUUACUGCGGGACUAUUCAUCUCGAGAUGCUGUUCGUCUUGUUCUGGAUAAUGCAUUUGCGACAAGUUUGAAAAGCGUGAAGGAUUCUUUAGAGGAGUACUCUAGCCCCAAUCUGAGAGGCGGUGAUCACGAUGAGAUUGAAGCUAUGCAGCGGAUGAACCUCCAUACGGCUGUUGUUAAUGGAAGGCAUUUGCUCUGGCUCAUAGAAAGAAUGAUUGAAUUAAAAGUUGCAGACACUGCAGUGAAAGAAUGGAGUGACCAAGCUACAUUUGCUGCAAAUUUACACAGAGCCUUUAGAGAUGAUGCAUGGCGGAACAUAGCUCCAGGUCUCCCUGCCCUUGUCCUACGUUGUACUUGUCGUCUUGCCAAUGCAGUUGCUUCUGGGAGUAUCCUUGCUCAGAGAGAGGUUAGGAUGAAGCUUGUCAAGGACUGGCUUCCGGUGGUUAUUGCCUGCAAAGACAAUGUUUCUCCAAUUCCAUCAAGCCAGAAAUUACUUUAUCAGGAGUUGGAAGAUGUCUUUCUUCAAAUAAUUUCUACGUUACCAAUGCUUGAUGCUCAGGUGUUGUUACAGCAGUGCCUUAAUUUGGCUACUCGUAAUGUGGAUGAUUGUACUCAUUUGGUAUCUGCUUUUAAUACUUGGUUCAGAAGGGCAAGCCAUGCUCCAUAUCUUUUCAGCGAUGAUUAAGCUUUGUAACUAAAGCAAGGGAGUAAUGCAGAACAAAAGCGUGGAACACUUGAGUGGCUUCAUGGUUACUGUGAGGUUUUAUUCUCUUUGUUUGCUCAGGACUGGUUGCAUGCACCGAAGGAAGGUUGUAGAAUUUAAGAGGGAAAGUUUUGAUUCUAUGUGAGCAGAAUAAAAUAUAUGAUCUUCUCCCACAGUGCUCAUUUAUUAGAUAAAAAAAUUGAAAUUCAAUGCGAGGGACACUGUAUGUAUAUUUUUGUAUGAAGCGUGCAAAGGUCAUUUUGGACUUUUGGUAAAUAUUUCAAUUCACCAUCCAUUUUCAAUUAUCUGAUGAGCAGAUGGAUUGAGUUACACAACUCAUGUAACUUUGUAUUUAAUUCACUGUGGUCUUUGACUUUUAUUUUAAAUGUGAAUAUCUGUUAAUUAUGUA